AACCCAUCUUCUUUACCUACAAAAAGGGGAUCCUUUUCUUUCAUUACGUCUUUUCCCAAACCCUAAAAAUCUUCCAAUCUCUCUCCUCUACCACUCACUUAUUCACUCCCGAUAAAACAAAAUAAAACCCUAGUUUUCUCAAAUCUCACCUUCAUCAAAUCAAUGGCGAAAAAGCGAAAGCUCAAUUCCAAAUCUGCAGAAACCACUACUUCUUCUGCUCAACAGAAGAAAAUCCAGAAGAAAAAGCAAGACGAUGAACAACAACAACAACAACAACAACAGCAACAAGAAGAAGAAGCUCAAAAACAACAAGAACAACAAGAACAAGAACAAGAACAAGAACAACCGAUAGAAGAACAACCACAACCGAUUGAAGAAGAUCAAGAAGAAGAAGAAGCGGAAUUUGAAGAAGUAGAAGCAGAAUUUGAAGAAGAAGAGGAAGAAGAAGAAGAAGAGGAGGAAGAGGAUGAAGAAGAAGAAACGGAGCAAAAUCAAGUUGUUGCGGAAGAACAAGAACAAGAAGAAGAUGAUGAUGAUGGUGCUGAUGAUGAGCCGAUUUCGAAGCUUCUAGAACCAUUUACAAAAGAUCAAUUAAUGAUGAUACUUCGUGAAGCAGCUGAAUCUCAUCCCGAUGUUGCUUCUCGUGUACGCAAAGUCGCCGAUGAAGAUACAGUUCAUCGCAAGAUCUUCGUUCAUGGAUUAGGUUGGGAUACGACAGCCGAUACACUACGAAGUGCGUUUUGUCAGUUUGGUGAGAUCGAAGAUUGUAAAGCAGUGAGCGAUAAAAUCUCAGGGAAAUCUAAAGGAUAUGGAUUUAUUCUGUUUAAGAGAAGAAGUGGUGCGAAGAAGGCUUUAGAGAUUCCGCAGAAGAGGAUUGGAGGAAGGAUGACGGCGUGUCAGCUGGCUGCAGUUGGACCGGUUCCGACAUCGUCUACAAUGGUGCAACCACAGCAGCCAAUGUCGGAGUAUACACAGAGGAAGAUUUAUGUUAGUAAUGUAUCGGCUGAUAUUGAUCCACAUAAGCUGACGGCGUAUUUUGCUAAGUUUGGGGAGAUUGAAGAAGGGCCAUUGGGGUUAGAUAAGCAAACAGGGAAGCCAAAGGGGUUUUGUUUGUUUGUUUAUCGGAGUGUUGAGAGUGCGAAGAAGGCGUUGGAGGAGCCGCAUAAGCAUUAUGAGGGGCAUGUUCUGCAUUGCCAGAAGGCGAUUGAUGGGCCGAAACCAGGGAAGCAGCAGAUGGGGCAACCGAGAGGGCAGCAUUAUGGUGGAAGAGUGGAUAACCCGAAUUUGGCAGGGGCGAUUGGUGGACCUCCGGCUACUGGUGCUGGAUUGAUGGGACAGUCAGUUGGUGGAGUUGGAUUUAAUCAGGGACCGGCUGCUGCUGCGCCUGGUUUGAAUCCGGCAUUGGGGCAGGCAUUGACUGCGUUGUUGGCUUCGCAAGGGGCUGGUUUGGGGUUGAAUAACUUGCUUGGUACUCUUGGAGGUGGGAUGGCGGCUGCUCCUGGGGCUGGUGCACCACAUGGUGGGUAUGGAGGCCAGAGUGUUGGGAUGAAUCCGAGUGUUUUGGGGUAUGGGACACAGGGUGGUUUGCAGAGUGCUUACCCUAAUCAGCAGAUGGGGCAAGGUGGAGCCGGAGGGAGGUCGCAGCAUGGACAUAUGGGUGGCGUUGCACCGUAUAGUGGCCAUUGAUUGUGGCUCUGGCAGAUCCUUAAUAGGUGCUCAGUAUUUUAGAACUCGCGUGGUGACUCUUUCCAAGUUUGAGGAGGCAAACAAGAUCUUUAUAAGAUUUACUAUCAACUUUCUGUUUGUUGUCUUUGAAUGAUCAAAUAGAGCUGCUGUUUUCCGUUUUUUUCUUCUUCUAGAAAGAUUUACUAUCUACAUUGUGUUUCUUUUCAAACUCUGUAAUAUUUUAAGGUCUACUCUAUCUUUAAAGCUCUGGGAAUGAUAUUGAGCACCUUAAACAAUCUUUAUGUUUGUGUAACUUUGAAAAUUACUCUGGAUGUUUUACUAAGGGUGAUGUUAAAACUUUA